AUGUCUGGACGCAUCUGCAACGUCUCCGAGUGGGCACCCACCCAGGAGGCCAUCUACGACGAGCCCGCCUCCACAUCUGCCAUCCAAGAACAGGACGGCCCCGACGGACACGUCAACACCAGGUCCUCCUUCCAGGCACACCGCCUCCGCAGCCUGAGUCUCUCGCUUCCAUGGCGGCGCAAGUCAUCCAUCCAUCAUCUCGACUCCGACCUCCCGAGCCACUUGGAAGAGCUCUCUCUCGAGCGAUCCCGGAGUCAUGACGGCCCUGGCGACGAUAACCCCUUCAGUCACACACACGACACGCACCCGGCAGGACACGGUAACGCUAGCAUCAAGGGCAUAUUUCGUCGCGCCUCCAUCUCCCUGAAGGGUAUGGUCCAUCACAAAAGCCACUCUCUCGGCGGCGCCCAUGGCCUUGGCCUGGGCCUCGAGGAGGUCCAUCGCCAUCAUCAUCACCACCAGCGCCCUGGAACUUCCCAUGCCCACUCGCCUUGGCACCGGCUCCGUCAGGCCACGAGCUUCCGCCAUUCCAAGUCAUCUCAUGGCCACGACACAACACACAGCGAUGCCUUCGUUGCUGAACACCCCUUCUCCUGCUUGCCGCUCCCUGGCAACGGCAGUGAGCCGCCCGUCAUUCCCUACCACACCGGCGGUGCUGCCAAGGCGGCGGCGGCGGCGGCGGCGGCGCAGAACCAGGCCGUUCACAACAAGUGGCUGUAUGCGUCGCCGGAUGACUUCACCGACCACGAGAGCGGCAUCGGCAUCACGGUCACCGGUGGUGACUCGGACGUGGGGGACGCAAACAUCAGUCGUGUCGAUUUCAUCGCCCAGCUCCCUGUCGAGCUUGCCAUCCAGGUCCUCGCCCAUCUCGAUGCCACGGCUCUUGCUGCCGCGAGCCGUGUGUCUCGCGAGUGGCAGAAGAUGAUUGAGAACCAGCACGUCUGGCGAGAGUCCUUCUUGCGCGAGAAGACGGGCACAUAUGCAACCAGUCUACCAGUUCAGCCAGGCACCGGCCAAGGCGUGCCGUCCAUCAGCCCCGACGUCGACUGGAAGCAGAUAUACAAGGCCAAGGACGAGCUCGACCAGCGAUGGAAGGAAGGCAAGGCGAAGCCUGUCUAUCUGAACGGCCACUUGGACAGUAUCUACUGUCUGCAGUUUGACGAGACCAAGAUCAUCACCGGUUCCCGCGACAAGACGAUCCGAGUCUGGGAUAUGCGGACCUUUGAGUGCCGUCUGGUCAUCGGUCCUCCCGAGGUCGUCAACGACGUUUCCCUGCUGCUCGACGACGAAGGGAACCCCGUUCACUAUGCCACCCUGCCCGAUAAUCAGCGUGCUAACCCGUCGAUGCCCGCAAUGGUGUCCUUCCCCACGCACCACAAAGCUUCGAUUCUUUGCCUGCAGUACGACGACCGCAUGCUGGUAACGGGCUCGUCCGAUUCCAGCUGCAUCGUGUACAACGUCCGCUCGGGCUACAGACCGGUCCGCCGUCUUCAGCACCACACCGCUGCCGUGCUCGACCUUGCCUUUGACGACAAGCACAUCAUCACCUGCAGCAAGGACAUCACCAUCUGCGUCUGGGACCGCGCGACGGGCACUCUGCUCCGCCAGCUGCGUGGGCACUCGGGCCCUGUCAAUGCCGUCCAGAUGCGUGGGAACACGAUAGUAUCAUGCUCCGGCGACUUUCGCGUCAAGCUCUGGAACAUUGACACGGGCAAGAACAUCCGGGAGUUUCAAGGCCACACCAAGGGCCUCGCGUGCUCCCAGUUCUCGGAGGACGGCCGCUAUGUCGCCUCGGCCGGCAACGACAAGGUCAUCCGCAUCUGGGAUGCCAACACGGGCGAGUGUCUCCGCGAGAUGAAGGCUCACGAUAACCUCGUGCGCAGCCUGCACAUCGACUCGGUCAGCGGCCGUCUUGUCAGCGGCAGUUACGAUACGGACAUCAAGGUCUUCGACAUGGAGACGGGCCGCCAGUUGCUCGACUUCCCGCGGUGGCACGCUAGUUGGGUACUGAGCGCGAAGAGCGAUUACCGGCGAAUCGUCAGCACGGGUCAGGACCCCAAGAUCUUGAUCAUGGACUUUGGCGCCGACGUCCCGGGCAUCGAGGCCCUGGAGAGCGGCGGGGGUUGCGCGAUAGAUGGCGGAUACAUCUAG